GUCGCGCUUCCGUGCCAACAGCGCGAUUUGACGUACGCGUAACACACGUUAGCUUGACCGGCUUCCGAUAACUUUGUUUUGAUGUGUUCUAAGGUGUUCUGUGAAGUGUCAAUAAGUUAACACCGAGGAGCAUUGUAAGUCGGCUCGGGCGCGCGCCGCGCUCGGCGUGAUGGCGGCGGGCCGGCAACUCAGGCUGCUCCUGUGGAAGGACUACCUCAUCCGCAGGAGAAAGCUGAUAACCCUGUUUGGCGUAGCGUGGGCCACGCUGGUGAUGCUGUGCCUGUACGUCGUGCGCAUCAACAUCGACAACCAGGACUUCCCCACAUGCCAGUUCAGCGCGCGCGCGCUGCCGAGCGCCGGCGUGCUGCCGUUCGUGCAGUCAUUCGUGUGCAGCGUCAACAACGAAUGCGAGCCUAUGGACCGCUUCCAAGAGGUGCCUACUUACGAGAAUGCCAAAUUAACGCAGCUGCAACGAAAGUUCUCUCCGCUCCUGCACAACGAAACAGUCCUGGAGGUAGCAGGCACGGUGCCCGACGCGCUGCGGCUGCUGGCUACCUGCGCUGUCGUCCUGGACCAUCCCACCAUGAUCGAGAUCAGCAAAAACGGUCUCCGAGUGGAGAGCUUGUUUGCGAACCCGGCGCGCGCGCGGCGGCGCGUUGCGGCUCUUUUGGACGUGUCAGAUGAGCUGGCCGCUGACGUCAUGGCCGCGCAGCUUAGUUUUAAAGGGAUUUUCAAAGGCAAUAUAAACAGAUGCGACACUGACUCCAUAGCGGACCUAAUCAAGAUGGAAGAUAAGGAGAAUUUACAGGUGUUCGUGAGGAAACUGUGCAGCAUGACCGAUAAGGACCUGCAGAGGAUGGCCAUGGACUUGAUAUUUGAAAUCAACUUCGGGAAAUACCUUAGAAUGAUAGGCGACAUGUACUUCAAGCUAUCGGGCGACAACCGAAUCACCACCUUAGCCGAGUUGGCCACGGCAGCGCUGCGUAUGACCAAACUGGACAGCUUCCUGCCACCAGCUGUGACUACCCUCUUUAGCGGACGGGAGGUGGACUUCAGCUAUUUUAACGUCACUUUAAUAUCAAAGCUAAUGGACCAACUCCAGCCUACUUUCUCAGGCACCAAAGCCUUCGCCAUCCUCAAAGACGCCUCUGACAUGAUAACCAUGGCUUUGGAAUACUUGGACAAGCUGGUUGUGGCCAAGUCUGCCAACCCCGUGAGAGAUACUGCCGGCCUUAUAAGCCAAGUUGUAGGCAAAACGAACGCCAGUGACUUGAGUGCCAUAUCAAAAGCAUUUAAUGAAGCAGUUGAACUGAUUGAAUCUAAUGAAAAUUCGAUAAAUAUAUUUAAGAUUUUAGCCCAAGUAAUGAGUUUCGUAAACAAAUUCUUGCCAGAGGCCACAAGGCACGAGGUGUUAUUCUACGCCACGCUGCUGGCCAAACUCGUGGAGGGAGCCACACAGGUCGUCAGCGUCAACCUCAACAUACAGGAGGUGGCCUAUGACGUCAGCACGAGGCACCCGGAGGGGGUCCAAGUGUUGAUGGCCCUCCCGCUGCCCAUAGUGAGGAAAGGCUUCGAGGGCCUGGCUGAUGCGGAAAGAGUGCAGCUAAUGACUUCAAAGCUGAACGUACGUGGACAAGUGUUUUGCGACGCCAACAAACUGGCGGGUUUCUUCGCUGUGUCCAAAGACGAAGCGGCCGCGCUGAAGAAACAGCUGUGCACAGAUGCCUGGAAAAACUACAUGGGAGACUUCAUACAGUCCUUCGGGAUAUACGACGUUAAGGAUAUCAUAAACAACAUGGCAUCCAUAGUGGUCCAAGAGACUUUCGGCAAGGACGUGUCCGACCAGCUCUACACCAUAGACAAAGACUUCGAGAUCCUGCAGAACUUCACCGACACGCUUGUAAAGCGGGAGUCGAAGGGAACGAGACACGUCGACUGGAACGCGCUGUUCAACGUGACAGAUGAUUCGGAGUUCAUGAGGAUUUUUACAGAGAGAGGACACUUGGGGAAGCAAAUUUUAAUAACAGUCCACGGCGCCCUCGCCAAGGAGGUAGUCAAACAAAACGCGAUCCUAGAGUACAAGAUAUCGCCCAUACUGCUGGACCUGACGACGGUGGUGCUCGCCAUCCAGGAGCAACUCGCGCUGACGCCGCGCCACGUCACCGAGGCGGUCAAGACACGGUACCCAGCUAUAGUGGAGACCAUGCUGAACACUUUGCUGGAUGAGAAUAAGACAUACAAAUCCCUCUCCACGGCAAGUGCAGACGUGGUGUGCGCGGGCGCUGACGCGGCGGGUACUUACCUCGUACUACCGGAGGAAAACCGGGAACUACUGGUCGGAGCACUGUGCAACGCCACGCUGGCUAUUGACGCUGGCUUGAAGAACGACUCUGCUGUUGGCAAAGCUAUAUCAGCCGUGAAGAAGUCAUCGCACAUCCUCGACGAAGUGAACUGGACGAAGCUCAUCGACGGCCUCAAGAACGUCUACGUGAAACUGGACCAAGAUUACCCGUACCUGUUCGAGUUUGCGUCCUACGGCAUGGACGAUAAGGAGCACAGUCGCGUGAAGGAGCUGAUGGAUAAGGCGAGGGACUACUGGUUCAGUAUCAAGAGUUUGGAGAGGAGCUUGCACUUGAGUAUCAAGCUGGUAUUCCGCCUUCUCGACCUGGUGGACCGAGGAGCGUUCGACCUCCAUAGCGAGGGUUGGCUGAAGAUGAAGCACGCCUUCAGCUCUUUGCAAGCGCCGCUGGCUGUAGUUGACGACUUCAUUAGGCUGCUCACUGCGUUGGCGCGCAACGAGAGCUUUUCCUCAAGCCUGCCCGCUAAAACGUCGCAGGCCCUAUCAGCCAUCAUCCCCAACAUACCGCAGUUGGUGGUGGAAGUCGUCAACAUGAUCGUCAGCGGAGACGUAGACCUGCAGCCAAUCAUCUCCCUAAUGAACGGUGAGCCGGCCUGGCCAUGCGGCAGUAGCGUGACCGACAUCUUACAACUAUCGGCCGGCUCUAAAGAAGCUGUCACAGCUGCCGAACGCGCCAUCUGUAUUGACAACGGCUUGCAGGACGAGUGGGCGGAGUUCGUCAAGGACAGACACAUUUCCUUAUACAAUGCCAGUACAUGGAACAGCAUAGCCUUCGGUCCGCACGUGUUCCUGCAAUUCUCGUCAACCUUCGACGCCCUGGUGGAAGAUACGACCCUGAUAAAGGAAUUAGUGCUUGACCUGGUCAACGAAACCAAGAGCGAUGCGCCAUUGACGAUUGUCGGCGCGUGGAAGUAUGCCGCUGGGCUGUUUGAAGGGACUGACAGGAAUGACACUUUGAGGAGCAUGUUCUCAAACAUCGACGCCCUCCUCGAAAGCAUCAAUACAACACCUCCCGUGCAAUCCGUCAGCGCCCUCUGGGAGGGCUACGCCAAGUGUAAGCCCUCUGAAGGCUGCGGAGAUUUGCGGAGGGCCGCGCUCAAGUACUCCUUCCAAGCUGUAUCGGUCGUGCUCGAUAAUGUGGCUGGAGACUUGCUCACGUACUUUAGAGAAGUCAACGAACCAGAUUCGAACCUGCUGCAAAUGGUGGGGUUCACCAAGUCUACCGGCUUAUACAUCCUGUUCGACAAGCUGCCGGAAUUCGUGGCCGCUCUGCUUAACUCUUACUUUGACUACGGAUUUAUGAGUCAGAUCCGUCGCGCCUCCCUAACUGACUUCUGGGACUGCCAAGAAGUUCUAUCGUCCCUGGCACCAGCGGCCGGCAGCAGCAUAGACAAGGAGACAGUCAAGAAGGUGCAGCCCUUCGUGUGUCCUUCUUUGCUGUACUGGAUCUCGCUUCCACGCGGGGAUAAUACGUUCUUGGACGUCGUGGCCAAACCGCAAUACAUAUUCUACACGCUCCCAGCACAAAACCUGACGAGUAGCUUUGAAGCUGCAUUCAAUAAAGCUUCUGAACUCAGUAGCUUUCUCUCAAACAUAUCCACCAAGAACCAAACAAUUUUACCGGAAGAAGACACUACACCUGAUUCUUUAGAGGCAAAACUGCAAAAGACUGUCGAUAGCGUCCUCAACUACAAAAUUGACGAAACCGACCCUUCGUACAGAUUGUUCAAUGAAAUAAAUAAGAAACAAUUCAUUUCAAUGACCUAUCUGACUAGAAUAACGGCUAUGACCAACAAACUUGCAGUAGCUAUAGAAAAUUUAAAAGCAAACGAUAUAAACAACGGUUACACUGAAGAAGGGGCAAAAAAACUUGAUUCGGACAUAAAUUAUAUCAGCAGGAUAUUCAAAAGAAGACCGUACGAGGCUAUUGCUAUACAUUUUGAUGUUAUAACCUACAUGUUGUCAACUAACAACGAUUUUGACUUGGUGAAAACCUUUGACACUAUUUGCGAAGACUUCAACAAUACUAACAUAGAUAUACUUAUCGAAGAUCAUAGAAGUAAGAGUAAAGUCUGCAGUAAGCAAUAUAAAGUGAUAUAUGGGGCAGUACAAAAUGUAAUAGCCGAUGAUUUGAAGGGAGCAAAAGACAGUUUGGAUAAUUUGCUGAAGGCUCUGCAAGAUGACAAUGAAGAAGCCGUGGAUGUCGCGAGAUUCUUUAGAGACAGAAAGAAACUAAUAUCGUCCCUAAGAUCAUCCGUCAAGUACUCAUACGACCUCGGCCUUGCUAUCUACCUGCAGUACCUACAAAGCAGCUUACAACAAUACGGCAUCGUGUUGACAUUCCUCGCCGGCGCCGACUGGUGGGCGGGGCUUAGAGCGCAGUACAAAGGACCACGGGUUGCAGGCUUCCUGGAUGCCGUGGAGACCAGCUUUGAGGUGGCUGAAGAUGUGUUGACCAAGCUGGAUGAGAUACGAUUAGUCCGCCUCCUACACGACGUGAACGUGAACGACACGGCUUCCUUCUGCCGGGACAACGUGUCCCUCGCCGACUAUAUGCCAGACUCCACCGGGACAUUGUCCCGGCUCAAGAAACAGAUAUGCAGCGCAGACAAGACCGAGUUGUUUAGGGAAAUACCGCCGCUGGUGUUCGCUUCGCAGGGCUUCGAAGACGACCUCCAACUGCCGAGAGAGAUCAACUACACGGCCUUGUACUCAGACAUCUCCUCCACUGAGUCCCUCUUAGAAACCAUCCACAACGGACCCAAAGCGCCGCUACGACCCAAAUGGAUCACCGAUGAGAAGGUCAAAGGACUGCGAGGAACCGCCUUGAAGCUGCUGUCAAAGGAAACCUUGACGAGGAUCUCUUUUGGCGUGUUAGGGAAUGUAGUUGAUGCUGGAACGCUGUUCUUGAAUACUAGCCAAUGCACGCUAUGCUCGCCGCUGACAACAUGGCUGAAGCAGCUGAGCUUGCAGCUGUACAAGAAGCAAGAAUACGACGCACUGCUGUGCCGCCUGCAUACUGUUUCACUGGAGGAAGUACACCAUGCCUUGAACAACGAAUUUCACUGGGACAUGGCCGUCAGGGAGCUGAUAUCGUUCCGCAACUACACCAAGUACGAGCUGAACAAGUCUUUAAACGAGCUGCUGGGACAAAUCAAGCUGCACCUGCUGGAAGACGUGGCCGCCGACACCAGCCGCGUGGCCGCCUGCCUGGCGGGGAACGUCACGAGGAACGAGUUCGGACACGCUGCGCUUUUCCUCACAGUCUUCGCUCAGACGACUACCCUCAUCCGAGCAGAACUGCCCCACUUACACGAGAUAGACGGCGUGAAAGAAGUAGCUUUCCUCAAGGAGCUGGCUUCACAAAUAGCUCCCAACUUGGAUGUCUACGCGCCGCUGAAGCAGUACUUGAAAGAUGGGAACAGCUUGGAACAAGACUUGAGGAAGUUAGGAGACGAGCUGGCGAUGAAAGUGGGAGAUGGUGACGUGAAUUUGAGAUUGCUUAAAAAAUCUCUGGACCAAAACUCAAUGGAAAUUUUUGUGGUGCUACAAAACCGCAGUCUUGAUGAGAUGUGCCCUCACUCGGAUUGUGCUGUCCUUAUGGAUAUUAUCAAGAAUAACAUCAACUCCACGCUUAUUUCUAAAGAUUUACCAAAACUCCAAGAAACGGAGUUCUGGAAGUUCCAGCCCGUGUCGAACAUCUUGUUCCACGUCGAACAGCUGCUUAAUCACUUGGGCAGGCUGGUGGGGCUGGCCAGUACUAUGGAUGUGGCUGGAGUGCUCAAAGGAAGGCUUGCUCCUACCCUCGACUUGGUAUUGGAGAUAUUGGCAGAGGAUCCCCUCAAUAGCGUAAUCUACAGUAUCCACGGCAUCCUAGAACAGCUGCGGCCGCUGCUAGGCAACUCCACCCUGGAGCACGAUCUACAGGCCCUGACAAGCGGACUCCAAGUGUUGCAUCAAUACAAAACCUAUCUGGAGAAACAGGACUUCAAAAUCCCAGUGUGGGAGGUGUUCUUGAGCCAGGACCGCGUGGAGUCAGCGCUUGCGGCGUUGGGCAUCAACAACACCAAUUUCUGGUCUAUUGCUGCGCCGCGCAUACACGCCGGGUACAUACUGCUCAAGCCGAUCCUAUCCUGGAAGCCAGGCGACCACAUAGCCAACUACGUGUGCCAGCUGGAAGCCAUGUCGCGCGCGCUGCAGCCGGCCGACCUGGGCGUGGUGUCGCGCGAUGACGUCAGCGGCGCCGUGGCCGAGCAGCUGUGCGGCCUGCCCGACGAGCGCGCCAAGCAGCUGCUCGUGGCUCUGAUGCACAACUUGAACUUCAGCUAUAUUGUGGACAAGGUGACCGCAGCCCUCCUCGUACAACUGUACACAGCCUCCAACCUCACAGAAGCAGAGGGCACAGCAGUAACGCAAGGUCUACCGCGUAUGGCCGCCGUGCUGCCUUCAGUACAGGCUCAGAUCAGCGAGGUGGCUGACUCUUUCGCUGAAGAGCCAUUGUUCAAGAGCCUGGCCAACUUCAGCUCCGUCGGGGGACUGUUGGGAUCGUCUGAGUUCCUUGCUAGCGCGGGCAACAUGCUGUGCGGGACGCCAUUCUCGGCCGCUGUACCGCGCCUCUACCGAAGCGUCAUCGCCAGUCCCGACAAGGCUGACAAGCCUGAUGAGCGGCAGCUGCAAGCGCUACCUACGGAUUUCUGCCGCUCGCUGUACUCAGACGUGACGUCGCUGCAAGGCGGCAAAGUGGUGUGGAGUUUCAUCAAGCCGCUGCUCAUGGGCCGCGUGCUGUACGCGCCGCCCGGGCCCGCUGUCGACAGGAUCAUACGACAAGCUAACUCAACCUUCGCGCACAUGUCGCGUCUCGCGGACCUAGUCCACGCAUUUGCAGCAUCCUUCCCAGCCGUGGGCGAGCUGGCCUCGCACGCGGCGGGAGCAGAAGUGAUGACGAGGCUGCUAGCAUCACCGGCCUUUGAAGACCUGAGGACCAUGCUGCUGGGAGACGCUGAAGUGGCUGAUGUGGAGUUCAGUGGGGUGCUGGAUGAGCUGGGAGACGUCCAGGGUCUAGGCAACAUCCUGUCCAAAGCGUCGGAGCUCCUGCGCUGCAUCAACCUGAACCGCUUCCACGCGGCUCCUACUGAAGAGGCGCUCACGCACGAAGCCGCCGAACUUACUAUGCUCAACGAGUUCUCCGCGGGCCUAGUGUUCCUGAAUACCGACGAGUCUUUCACAAACAUUGAAUAUAAAAUCCGGAUGGACAUAGAAAACACUCCAACGACCAGGAGAAUGAAGAACUACCUGUGGAUCCCCGGUCCCGAGUCCUCGUUCCUCGAAGACCUGCGUUACUUCCGCGGCUUCGUGCAGAUCCAAGACCUGGUGGACUCCGCUAUCAUCCAGCUUGCCAGGAACGCCUCCCGGAGGAGCAAGAGGGAAGCCACAGGAGGGGACCCUGACUGGGCCGUGUACACGCAGCAGGUGCCCUACCCCUGCUAUAGGAAGGACUUCUUCCAAACGUCUCUGUACGAGUCGCAGGCGCUGAUCGUGGCGUUCUUCUUCUCGAUGCUGUUCACCGUAGCCUCGGUUGUACGAUUCGUCGUGGCCGACAAAGAGUCUGGUAACACUAUGCUGAUGCACGUGAUGGGCGUGGAGCUCCGCUGGCAGACGCUGUCGUGGUUCCUGUGGAGCGCGUUGGAGGCGCUGGCGGCGAUGGCGGGCGCGGCGCUGGUGCUGUGCGCGGGCGGCGUGCUGGCGCGCACAGCGCCCGCGCUCGUGCUCGCGCUUGCCGCCGCCUUUGCCGCGGCCGUGCUGUGCUUCUGCUACAUGAUGUCGAAGCUGUUCAGCUCGGCGAGCUCGGCGGCGGUGUGCGGCGCCGUCGCCUACCUCGUGAGCUUCAUGCCCUUCGUGCUCAUCCUGUCGCUCGAGGCCGUCAUCUCGCGCGCCGCCAAGAUCCUCAUCUGCCUGUCCAUGUCGUCAGCGCUAUCCUACGCGUUCCUACACGUGGCGCGGUUGGAAGCAGCGGGCACGGGCGCGCACUUCGCAGGCUUGUGGGACGUCACCGACGACGAUGACGUCAGCAUCGGGCUGGCCGCCGUCAUGAUGAUCGUCGACGCGGUCAUUUACUUCGUGAUCGGCUACCUUAUUGAUCGGUUCUUUGGUCUCAAAACUCUCCAAAGCAACAUCACAUACUGCACCACAACAGACGAAAAAGCUGGCGUUAGCAUCAUCAACGUCACCAAGUGGUACGGCUCGCGGCUGGCACUCGACAACGUGUCCAUGGAGCUACACAAGGGGCAGGUCACCACGCUGCUGGGGCACAACGGCGCCGGCAAGACCACGCUCAUCAAGAUCCUGACGGGUAUGUUGUCCCCUAACGCCGGGCACGUGGUGGUGCGCGCGGAGAGCGCGCGUGCAGUGCGCGUGGGCGCGUGCCCGCAGCGCGACGUGCUAUACGAGCAGCUCAGCGCGCGCGAGCACGUCGCGCUCUACGCGCAGCUUAAGAGUGGCAAGGCGUUGGAGGAAGUGCAGGAUGAGGUGGAGAGCAUGCUCCGAGUAUUGAACCUGGGCCCUGUGAGCGAGGAGCCAGCUUGCCGCUUGUCAGGCGGCACGCGGCGGCGCGUGUGCGUGGCGCUGGCCUUCGUGGGCCGGCCGCACCUCGUGUCGCUGGACGAGCCCACCGCCGGCGUCGACCCCUCGCACCGCCGGGACAUCUGGUCGAUGAUCGUGAAGCUGAAGGAAGAGCGCACAGUGCUGCUCACCACGCACCACCUGGACGAGGCCGAGCUGCUCAGCGACCAGAUCGUCAUCAUGCACAAGGGCCAAGUCCACACCUCCGGCUCGCCCAUCGAGAUAAAGCGCUCGCUCGGCAACGGCUACAAGCUGUGCGUGUCGUACGCCGACACAACCGACGCCGACGCCGACAUAAUCGCCGACGCCGACACCGACGCCGACGCGUGCCUACACGAGCGCAGCAAACGGCUGCUGAGUGUAGUCCGGGAGGCCAUAGCCAAUGCUAACUUGCUGGAGAUCAAUGGGCUGGAUGUAGAGUUGUCGCUGCCCUUCUUUGAUGCCAAUGGACUGAAUAACGACUUCCUCAAACUAUGCACAUCACUGGAAUCGAGCCAGGAGGCGCUGGGCUUCCGCGACUACUCGCUGGAGUGCAGCAGCCUGGAGCAGGUGUUCCACAACGUGUGCUCGCAGGCCGAGCUCACCAGCCACGCCAUAGAGGACGCGCCAGAGGAAUCGGCAUCAAAGAGUGCGUCUACAUCAAGUGUUCGCACUGAAGAGGCGCCGCUCGUGGGCGGCACGGGCCCGCUGACGGGCGGCGCGCUGCAGCACUGGCGCGCGCUGCUGCGAGCCCGGUACCUGCACUACUCCCGGAACAGGUGGCUACUGUUCGUGCUGCUGGUUCUCCCGUCGCUGUUCGUGGGCAUCGCGAUGGCGUUCUCGACCAUCCGGCCGCCCGCCGACAAUGAGAUCGCACUGCGACUCUACCCCGGCCUUUAUGCGAAUACUACGCAGUUCAUCGUGCCAGAUCCGUCAAGCUAUUCCGAGAACGUGGACCCAACGUUUGCACAACAUGUCCUGGAUUACUUAAUGAUGGGUGAUGGUGCCCGGAACUGGACUCAAGCGGACACCCCGACUUGCCAGUGCAGCGACAGCAUACAGCAGUGCAACGCAAGCAAUGCCAUCGACAAGCCCAGUAUGAUGGUGCUGCCAGACGUAAAUACUCUCAACGAGUGGCUCGUCAACUCGCAGAAGGACUACAUUGAAAAAAGAUAUACGGGCUUCACGGCAUCCCUGGCCAACAACAAGACAAACCUAAUCGCGUGGUACAACAACAAGGGUCACCACGCGCUGCCCGCCGCCCUAUCCGCCCUACACUCGGCCGCCCUACGCGCCGCCCUACGCGCGCCAGCCGCCGUCACCGCCUACUCGCAUCCCAUGAAGAUCUCGCCCGAGCAACUCAGCAAGGACACUGUCUACCAGCACGUAGCAGACGCGGGUAUCUCGGCGCUGGUGGUGCUGGCAUACUCGUUAGCCAGCGCGGGCGCGGCCGUGUACUUGGUGCGCGCGCGCACUCGCCAGGAGAAGCGCCUGCAACUGCUGGCUGGAGUGCCGCCACUGCGCUACUGGGCCGCCGCGCUCGUCUGGGACAUGCUGAUCAUCGUCAUCAACAUGGUGAUCACGGCGAUACUGAUGGAGGCGUUCCACUUCCCCGUCUUCGUCGAGAAAAAUAACCUGCCGGCCAUCUGUUUGCUCAUUUUACUUUACGGGUUCGCGUGCGGCAGCUUAGUCCACGCGUGCGAGAAGUUGUUCAGCGAGGCGAGCGUGGCCAACAUGCUGCUGUUCUGCGGCGGCGCCUUCGCCGGGCUCGGCGGCGUCACCGUGCUGCUCAUCCUCGACGUCAUCUCCGACUCCGACCAAACGGACAACGCUCGGUGGGUGCUGCACAAGAUCUUCCUGCUGUCGCCGCAGUUUGCUCUCGGAGACGGAUUGCUCGAAAUCGCCAAGAACACUAUACAAGCUCAGGUGCUAGCACGCUUCGGCAUGGACACGUACAAAGACCCGUUGGGUUCAGAGCUGCUGCUGGCUCACUACGCCUCCCUGCUGCUGGUGGGCGGCCUGCUGUUCCUGCUCAACCUCGCCGUCGAGCACCAGUACUUGGAGUUCCUGCUGCUCAAGUUCCGUCGGGAGUCGAUCCCGCCUCUGACCGGCGCCGAGUUGGACGAGUUGGAAGCGUUAGGCGCCGGCGCGGAGCGGCGCCGCGUGCGGACGGCGCUGGCGCACGCGGACGCGCCGCUGCGCCUGCACACUAUUGGCAACAUCAACGCCGGUUUCGUAGACACAGAGGGCAAGAAGAACUCGCUAAGCAGCAUGGUGUCGGGCCCGCAGGACGUGGCGGCGUGCGUGGGGCUGGGCAAGGCCUACUCCACGCGUGGGCCCGGCGCCGGCCGCGUCGCGCUGCGAGACCUCACGCUGGGCAUACCGCCGGGACAGUGCACGGCGCUGCUAGGCGAGAACGGCGCGGGCAAGUCGACGACGUUCGCGCUGCUGACGGGCCAGGCGCGCGCCUCCGCCGGCGAAGUUAGGUUACGAGGCGACGUCUCCGUACGCUCCGGGUACAUUAGUUAUUGUCCUCAAACCGACGCCGUGGACCCGCUGCUAACCGUGAGAGAAACGCUGGAAAUAUACUGCACGCUGCGGGGCAUCGCUGAGCAGGAAGAAGUGAUAAAGCGCACGCUGGCGUGGUUCGAGCUGGCGCGCUAUGAGAACUCACGAGCGGGCGCACUGAGCGGCGGCAGCCGGCGACGUCUCUGCGCCGCGCUCGCCUUCAUGAGCCGCUCGCCGCUCAUCCUGCUCGACGAGCCCACCAGCGGCAUGGACGCCGGCUCCCGCGGCUGCGUGGCGCGCAGCGUACGUGCGGCGUGCGCGCGCGGACGCGGCGUGCUGCUGGCCACGCACGCGCUGGGCGACGCGCGCGCGCUGCGGGCCCGCGUGGCGCUGCUGCGCGCCGGCCGCCUGCGCGCGCUCGCGCCGCUCAGGGCCUGCCUGCACAGGUUCGGCGGCGGCUACGUGGUGGAGUGCCGCGUGGCGGGCGGGCGCGCGCGCGCGGUGUGGGCGCGUGUCGUGUCGCGCGCGCCGCACGCGGCCCUGCGCGUGAUGCACCACAGCGCGCUGCACUUCCUGCUGCCUGAGCACGCCACGGUGGACGGUAAAGAAAUAACGACGCGUCCGAGCGACAUCUUCCGGCUCAUGGCGGCGCUGCAAGGCGCCUGCGACAUCGACGACUACACCGUCACCCAGAGCUCGCUAGACCAGAUGUUCCUGAGCUUUUCGGAGCGCGGGCCCGAGCCCGACGCCGACGCCGACAGCCGAGACGACCUCACCGACGUCACUGCGCUCUGAACCUAGCACUGACACAGUGCAUAGAUCGUUUCAUCCACGAAGACGCGCUCCACCAUUCUUCCGAUAAUGUUUGAGUGUUAUCGGUACACGCUAAUUAUCCAUGAGUGCACACGCACACUACAAUAAUGACGCUCGGAUUGCUCGGAUCAAACUCCCUGCACCCCGCGCGACCGAGACAAAAAUUGGUGCCCCACGUCUUCGAGGAUGAAACGAUCUAUAACUACGCCAUUAACCCGUCGAACGAUUCUCUGAUAUAGAUGACCCACGCUGAACUGUCCCACCAAACUCAAUUACAGGGGGGCGCUACCAUCGUUCAACUAUAUGGUUUCCAAUAUGGCAAAAAUCGGAACCAGCGAUCCGGUAUUGACGGUGGCGCCCCACUGUCAAUGUCAUGGAUAGGACAGUUCAGUAUUUUGAAACUAUACACUAUUAUAAAGAGA